GCUAUCGGGAGAGAAAAGAAAGGAUACGCGGCUCCCGAAAACUUUUCCUGGGAUCAGUUAGGUGUCCAGCGCCAACAUUUUUGUAUGUAUUUAAAUGUUUAAGAAUUUAACAUAUUACGCAUUGAUGGCACUACUUACGAAUGGAACCUGACAGGAACGCAUGCUGAUAUCGGUUCCACUGUCUGUGUCAACCGCCUUUGUUAGAUAGACGAGCGUGUAACUGUCUUCAUCACUUGAGUUGCAUUGCUGGAAUACAAAUGUUGGCUUUAUAAAGAGAAGAUGGUUCUUACAUUUUCAUUCUAGCUGUUUCGUUAGUUGUAUAUUCAGCCAAAACCAACUUGUCAGUAAUAAUUUUAGUUUUCGUGUUUUAGUUUACUUUAGAGGCAUGCCUUUCGAAAUGUAUUGAAGGAACUUCCAACUCCAAACUAAACCCUCUUGCAUAUUCCCAAAACGUCUCAUGCAAAGUGAUCCACAAGAUUACAUUGGUGGUUCACAUAAUUAGAAACGAUGGCUGGCGUGGUGCGCACCCUUAGCCGGUGUUUGCUCCCAGCCGAAGCCAGCCAUGAGAGAAGUAACAGCAAAGAGAGAACUCGGGACAGAGAUCCAAAUCAAGAACGAGAUGCAAAGAGACGCAGUCGAGAAAUUGAUGCUAUGCUCGCCCGUGAGAGACGCUCAAUCCGCCGGUUGGUGAAGAUUCUGCUCCUUGGAGCCGGGGAGAGUGGGAAAUCCACGUUCUUGAAGCAGAUGAGGAUUAUCCAUGGGAAGGAGUUCGACAAGAAAGCACUGCUGGAGUUCAGGGAUACUAUCUUUGAAAACGUCAUUAAGGGGAUGAGGGUGCUGGUGGACGCCCGUGACAAGCUGGGUGUGAGCUGGCAGAACUCGGAGAAUGAGAAGCACGGCAUGUUCGUCAUGUCUUUCGAGAACAAGGCCGGGCUGCCCGUGGAGCCCUGCACCUUCCAGCUGUACGUGCCCGCGCUGCAGGCCCUGUGGGGGGACACGGGCAUCCAGGAGGCCUACGGCCGCCGCAGCGAGUUCCAGCUGAGUGAAUCAGUCAAGUACUUCCUGGACAACUUAGAUCGCAUUGGGGAACUGAGUUACGUCCCGAGCAGGCAGGAUAUCCUCCUGGCCAGGAAAGCAACUAAAGGUAUUGUGGAGCACGACUUUGUCAUCAAGAAGAUCCCCUUCAAGAUGGUGGACGUGGGAGGCCAGCGCUCGCAGCGGCAGAAGUGGUUCCAGUGCUUUGAUGGCAUCACCUCCAUCCUCUUCAUGGUCUCGUCCAGCGAGUACGACCAGGUCCUGAUGGAGGACCGACGCACCAACCGCCUGGUGGAGUCCAUGAACAUCUUCGAGACCAUCGUAAACAACAAGCUCUUCUCCAACGUCUCCAUCAUCCUCUUCCUCAACAAGAUGGACCUGCUGCUGGAGAAGGUGGGCCAGGUGAGUAUCCGGAAGCACUUCCCGGACUUCCGAGGCGACCCCCAUCGUGUGGAAGACGUGCAGGCCUACCUGGUGCAGUGCUUCAACCGCAAGAGGCGCAACCGUAGCAAGCCACUGUUCCAUCACUUCACCACCGCCAUUGACACGGAGAACAUCCGCUUCGUGUUCCAUGCCGUCAAGGACACCAUCCUGCAGGAGAACCUCAAGGACAUCAUGCUGCAGUGAGAACGUCAAGGACACCAUCCUGCAAGAGAACCUCAUCCUGCAGUGAGAACCUCAAGGACACCAUCCUGCAAGAGAACCUCAUCCUGCAGUGAGAACCUCAAGGACAUUAUGCUGCAGUGAGAACCUCAAGGACAUUAUGCUGCAGUGAGAGGAAGCUGCCUUCAGCUGUUGGGCUCAGGCACAUGGGCCUGUCUGACUGCACUGUACUGCAUGUCCUCAACACCCCCACCCCCACUUCCACCCUCACACACACAUAUACACACACACACACACACACACACACACACACACACACACAUCCUCACGAACCAGAUUGCUAUUUUGUCCUCCCACCACUCACUCACAGCACUGAUAUUCUAGAUGGAGACUAGUGUGAGUGUCCUGCCAGACCUCUGGACACUCUAGUGUGAUCUCCAUUUACAGCGUUUGACUUUGAGACAACAAGGACAACACACAUACACACACAACUGUUGAGUGAUUUUUAUUUUAGAUGAGAACGUUUCCAUGUUUAAAACAACAGAUUACCAAUGUCACUCCCUCACAGUAUGACCAAUAUGUCACAGCUUUCACAUUUAGGAUGGGUCACUUUAUUCUCUUGCUGGAAAUCAUGUUGUCAAAUGUUUUUUGAACCAGGGUAACAUAUCUUCUCUUGCAGUUCAAUAUUCAGAGCAAAACACUGAGCUAUGAAUUGUAUAUAUGCAUGUGAAUGGAGGGUUAUGUAUGUAAUCUAUGGUUGGCAACUGUGUGUGCGUGUGUUUGUGUAAAAGGAGGAAGGUUGUCCUCUCCAAUGUACUGACUGAUUCAAUGUUGUUUUGAGGAUGAGACAAUGAAAUUACAAGGACAUUCACCAGAGACGUCCUGUAUUACCAACCAAUCAGAUUUAAGCAACAGUUCAUGUCUCCCUCUUAAAUUAAGGAUACUGCCAUGGAAAUUGUUGGAAAAUACCCAGAGAUUUGCCCCAUAAUUGUGUUUUAGUAACUCAAAUGAAGGGAAGAUAAUUUGAUGUAAAAAAAAAAAAAAGAUCAGAUUAUUUGCUGUGUGGUGCAAAUCAUAUUCAGAUUUGGGGAGUUGCUGUACGGUGUAUAAAUUCACAGCUACAGUCUGUUUUGCAGACACACAUGAAACUGGAUGAAACUGGAGCAAUGCCCAAGGAAUUUUCACUGGCUCCCCUCCAGUAGUGUCAGUAUUACGGAAGGCAACAAAAGCUGUUCCCACAUCCUGUUGCACUGAACAUUCCAACUGAGCUGUUUUUGAAUCUUGAGACAUCGUUGAUAUUUUUCAUGUCAGCUGUACACUUUUUUUCUGAUAACAAAAAAAUGAGUGAAUCACCUCAGUUGUUCUUCGCCUUUCACAGUGGUUUCCCAAAACAUCCUACAAAUUGGUGGAUACCAGUAGCAUUAAUUCUGCCCUCACUUUUAUGUAAAUAAGCAAAAAAGGGGUUUCAGUGAAUGAGUUUUAAAUGUUUUCAUCUUUGAAUGACAUUGUUUUUGUUUGGACGGAUAGCCAAGCAGUGACAACCCUUUGUUGAUACUGGCACAUCUGUUACACAGAGCCGAUAGACACCGCUGAUCCAUUUUGAUUGAAGAUGUUUGUAAAAAGAGUAUUAUCACUGAAAUGCCCCAUCACCACUUCCAGCGGAACCACUGUUGUGUCUCCAAACAGCUUCACUGCGCUGCGUUAGUUUGCUGAUUUGUUUGAGGGGUACCAGGGAUACACUGUGCCUCUACCAUUCUUUCUGAAAAUUGAAAUGAGGCCUCAAAGGCUUCUCUCCAUUUAUAGUGUAAUUGAACUUUCUCUAGGGGAUUCUUGGGGGAAAUGUCCUGGAAUAAGCCAAACAGUAUAAAUAGUCCAAAAUAUGCUCUCUCUCUCGCACUCUCUGAACUGCCCGAUUUCUGAGGGUGAGUGUGAUUCUGAGGAAAGGGGAAGCAGGAGACAACGCAGACAGGCAGAGCUGCACUGCGCAUCCGCGUGGGAAUGAUUUAGUGCCUUGUGAGUUUCCCUCACCCACAGAAAACACAAGGCAAGUCCCAGAGAUGUGCACAGAUGUGGGGGUCCUCUCAUGUGGGCCCUGGGGCACUCACUUGGCUUUCCCGCGCCUCUGUUUUAGUCAUUAGAAACAGUCUUGACUGAUUCAUACACUCCUUGGACAGCAAGCGUCCACAUUCGAGUGGUCGGUUUGGUUUCUGCCUGCUGUUGAUGUUUUAAGCGGAAAGCACACAGUGGAUUCUGCAAGUCCGACAUGGCACCAGUGUUGCAAGAUUUAAGGAGAUGUGUGUUAUGUUAGAUUAUUCUGGGUGGUCUCCUCUUGUGUCAGAGAUUCCAAAGCAGUGUGUAUUGGAUAUCAGCUCAGAUAAAAUGCUGUGCUCUGUCUCUCUCAGUAUCAGUCGGCCAGCAUCAGGCCAACGUCUCUACACCCCUCCCUCAAAACCACUGGUGUGUCCACAGGAAGUAGUCCGUUCUGGAUCCAAACUUGUCUCCCUCUGUGUGUGUGUGUGUGUGUGAGAGAGAGAGAGAGAGAGAGAGAGAGAGAGAGAGAGAGAGAGAGAGAUGUUUGUUCUCAGCCUUCAUGGCCUCGCUGUGUCCUAGGAGAGCGAUAGCCGAAAAUCUAAAUCCACAUGUUGCAUCCUGCUGCCUGAACAUAUUCUGUACAGUUUCAGCAAUUACACCGAUUUACUCCUUAGAUAUUCACAACAAUUCUAUAAUGCUGUAUCACACACAAUGCCGUGAAUUGCACUUCUUUUGUGCUGUUGAUUAGGCUUGGUUAUUGAUUAUGUUUUGUAUUAUCUGUAAACAAUGUGUGGUUUCAUCAGUUACGAAGAUUUGACAUCUUAAAACUAUUUGCUUAAAGCUUUGUUGGCAUGCUAGCAAAGUUGCCCUUCUAUCUGUAGCAGCUGGACCAGGAGGGGAUGAGGACAAAAUCUGUUCCUGGAUCAGUGGUUAGCUGGAUGCCUUUUAACUCAUGUGCCACUGAGGAGAAGGAAGAUCCCUCUCUGAGUCUGUGUCUUUCCCCCCUCCCCUAUAUCAGCUCUCACAUCUGCCCUUUGGACCAAAUACAACCCACAGUCGGGUUAGAGAACUGGUGGCUUGCGCAAUAUGAAAGUUUCGUGCCUAAUGCAAUAGCUUUGAACAGAACCGGUAUGUCAAAUCAAAUGUGUGAUGGGGAUGGGGUCAAGUUGUUCCAGGCACAAGGUUAACAGGGUUGUGGUGAUGUUCCUGAUACAGAAGAAGACUGUAUGGAGGUCUGUCCUUGAGGCUGAUUUGACAGUUCAAGUUCCUGUCUCCUUGUUUUCUGUAUGGAGUUGCUGAGUAAGUUGCAGGGAUGCAUUAUGACAGCUGGGGCACUCCACUUUGUAAUGAUUGCUCAGACUGUUUCAUGUGGAAAUGUUUCAAUGCUACAUUAAUCAACUUUAAUUCCCUCCCUGCGGGGGAAUUUGUCAGAAUACUGUGGUUACUAACUGUCGUCAAUGUUUUAUUUUUUAAUCUUUUUUUACCUAGUUUGCUGUGUGCACCCCGACCUUACUUUCAAAUCUAACAUAAGUGGUAAUUGUAAAAAGUGUGCAGACAUUUACGAUUGACUGUAUUACAGUUGUUUUGUAUAUAAGAAUUGUAUAAAAAGCAAUAAACGUCUUUUAUGUUA